UGGGAAUUCCAGCUGUCAAGUCUUAGAUUCAGGGGCUUUGGGGUUUUUAUUUCUUACAAAAUUGAUUUAUUUCGUUUGUAACGUUUGCCUGGCUUGCAAUUUACAGCUACAAGUUUCUAAAGGUGGCUACUUUAACCUGACAAGCCCAUAAUAUCCAGUCACGGUGGAGUGAGCUUUUGAUAGGAUAACUGCACUGCCUAUAAUCGCAUUAAGCUACAUGUAUACGGAUAGCAUAUCGAAUAUAAUGAUACGUGUAUGUUGCCAGGGCGUGCACAAUAAUUAUGGAGUUGGCUCUCCAACAAUACACUGCUCUACGCGACUCCAAUUUGAGGUCAAGAGCACAACAUUGAUUGGGUUGUUCCUCGGCAGUAAAUCCGGAAGUGUAUAUCAUUUUAGAUAUUAGUUCGUAUUUUGGUAAUUCUCUUGUAAUCGAUUACAGUACAUACAUCACCUGAUGAGCAUACCAUUCCCUAAGUAUCUACUAACCAACUGGUUCAUCAAUGUCAGGAAUAGUACGAAGUUUGAAAGAGAGGUUCGGAAAACCAAAUAGAAGACGCAGGAAAUUAGGAAAAGAUGAGGAAGAGUGGUAUGAUACCCUGAGUAAUUUGUCAGUGGACAGCAGCGACGAUGAAGAUGAUGUUUACUAUGACGCACCGGAAGAACCGAUUGAUGUCACAACAAUGUCGAAGAGAAAACGAAGACACAAAAAACAGGCCGAAAAUAAGUCAAAUAAAAAUCAAGCAACAAUGAAUUAUCAUUUCAAUACCCAAUCCGCAGGGAGAUGGAGAACGGGGUCCAAUAAUGGAACAUCUGAACAAUCCUGGAACGUUCCUAGUCACUCGCGAGAAAUCGGUUUUAAAUAUGAGACGGGUGUAUCGGAUUCCCCCAUUGGCACUCAGACAAGAGCAGGUGUGUUUCACUUUGGUGUUGGAGGACCGUCUAGCUCAACAACGUCAGAACGGGACACAACACGACCGUCUACUCUGAACACGGACCGGCCGCAAACAAUCGACACCCGACCAUCAACCAGCGCCUUCCGAUUGCAGUCAAAUAUUCCUGAAAUGGGUCAUCAGUAUAAAGAUGGAAUAGCUGACAACAAGAUUGAAAAACUAGCAACAUCUCUCAUGGAUAUUGACAAACAAAGAGUCAUUCACUUUGGUCGGGAACUUGGAUUACAAAAUGUUGGAAAGUAUUGUGGAUAUGGAAUUGGUAAACCGAUCUAUAAAUCAAAAAUACUUCUCAUGCUGCAAGACUGGAAAGGCAGAACCCCUGAUGCACAGCAGGUCCAAGGUUUAAUACAGGCUUUGAAGAAUGCAAACCUGGAGCAGCUGGCAGGGAAUUUACAAGACGACCCGGUUACGUUUAAACAGGGAGUUAGGAGUUCUCUCUUCUUUAAGGGAAGGAAGGUGACAGUAACCCUGAUGACAUCCUCUGAGCCUUUCAUCAUAGAGGGGUUGAGGACAAAGCUGAAAGCGUUACAGAGUAGUCGUCCCAAGCUCAUUGAAGCCGUUAGGCUCUACCAGCUACCGUACAGUGGACUAAAACACCACACCUUCAAGGAGGAUGUUGAUAUCAUGGUACUCUGUCAUUCAAUCGAAAACAUGAGAUUUUCCAUCACCAACGUGACUGACUCCCUCUACGACGAGUUCCUCGAAUACAGCAAUGAGAAACUUGGAAAAGAUAGAAUCGUUGUCAUGGCUCACGACUUCCCACCAGAAGCGGAAGAGGUAAGGGCAGUGAAGAUGGAUUCUUUUCGUUAUAGCCAAUACUCCACCUUCGAUAACGCAGGUCUGGUCAUGAUCUGUGGGAGGAUGGAUAAGAGAGAGCCGGAGAUUCGAGAUCGAGAUUGGGACAGCUUUGUGAAGUUCCUUGAGAAUGCCUCCAAGAAACCCCUUCCUUCCAAGGCUCCUCCUGCAGCUCAAACAUCAGUUCAUACAGAUGUCGCCUCCAACACCAAACAAACGUCUAAAUUAGAGGAGCGAAAAAUCAAGCCAUUGACAGUCUCUUCAAGUCUCUCCGUUAGGAUACAAACGAGAUCAUCCAAGCCCGUCAUCUAUAUCUGUACAUCCUAUGGACUCCACAGUAUCAAAGGGCUCGCUGAAAUGGUUCAGAAUUCGGUGAAACAGUGUUACUCUUCUUGCGAGAUCAAGGAGACGGAGCUGCCUUACAGUAGAUUAGAUGACUUUAAGUUUCCUUCAGAGGCAAGCAAAAGAGAUGCCAUGAUUCUCUGCCAUUCGGUGCAUAACAGAGGUUACUCCAUCACUGAUGUUCCCAACUCACUUUACAACGUUUUUCUAAAGUACUGCAAUCAGCUUUUUGGUAAGGAUCGCGUGGCCGUGAUCGUACACGACUUCAUUUGCAGCGAGGAAAUUCUUAAAAUCGAACUCCAGUCGUUCGGAAAGAGGCAGCCGACUGCUUAUAAAUUGGUGGGCUUCGUCGCUCUUGCGGGAGAUCUCGACACAUCCGAUGUCAAACUCUGCUACUAUCCAGAAAGUCUUGGCCUAGAUUCUUUUGUCAGAAAAUUACGCUGAAUGCGAUUUCAUAUUGAAUGAAUUGUAUCUGGACAUUCUUCACCACAAAGGGCAACUGCAAGUUUAAGAGUGGUGAAUUAGCGAGAGUGAAAACCCUGUCAAACCCUUGGAAUGAGAGUCAAUCGAUUUUUUUGCCUUACCGUUUCUCUCUACAUGACACCAAUGUUAAUAUUAACCAACUAACCAUUCGAAAUACCUGCUUUAUAACUAUUGAAUUGUUCUAUUUAGAUAUUUCUCAUCAAGGGAGAUCCAUAGCUAUUUUAGACUUCAUUUCUGUUAUGUGUACAAAAAAUGAUGUGUUACUUAUUAAAGUCACUUUGAAUCUGCUUUGAUGAAGCUUGGGAGGUGACGUCAUUAUAAGAGCUUCUGUUUUGCCCGUCAGAUUAAUUCUCAGAAAAUGAAAAAGCGAUUUGUUCCAAAAUCGGAUCGUCGACCAGUCGUAAUGUGUGCGGCGGCCUUUACGCAUAUAUACAAGUUGAUGGUGGAAUGUCUUCUCUGGGAACACGAUACGAAUGAAUAUUGUUCAUCUCAAGAAAUUGACGAAUUACAUUUAUGUACAUAGACCUUUCCAUGUUUUGCAGGGUGGGAGGGAGGUUAACUGUCUUGAUUGAAUUGGUGUUGGGGUAUGAAAAUCGUAUCGAUAUUGAAAAUUAUAGUCAACAUGUGGCCCAUUGCCAUGACUGCAUUUGGACUGUCGCUUGGUUUACUUAAAAUAAUAUUUUCUCCUGUUUUGUUGUUGUUGUCAACUUGGCACUUUGUAAAGAGUUUUGAUCAGCGUUGAUAUUUGAAAAACACCAAACGUAUUAUGGUAUUUCUCAUCGGUUUGAAAAA